AAACAUAAGCAAAACGACCAUCACAAUCAUCACUCACCAUGGAUUUCUCCUCGAUCAUGGCCGCCGAGAUCUCCAAGAAGCGGAAACCAGAGCCCUCUUCGAAAUCGUCCGCAGAACCCGCUCCUAAGAAAUACACGAAGCGCUCCGAACUUGAGGCGCAACGUCGCCGCGAAUACGAAGAAAAACAAAAGCGCCUAGAGAAAGAACGACGUGAGAGGGCUGAGAAGAAACGACAGGAGGAGGAAGAAGAACGCAAUCGUCGGGAGGCAACCAAGGCUAAGCAAAAACAACUCGCGGAAGAAAAGCGCCGUCGAAAGGAUGAGGAAGAAGCCAAACGAUUAGAGAAGGGGGGUCCGCUCGCCAAGGAGGGUUCAGAUGGUUUCGAUGAAACAAACGGUUCGGAAUCCAUGACGGAAGCUGAGGCAAUAGAAAGGUUACGGAGCAUGGGAGAGCCUGCCCGUUUGUUUGCCGAAACACAUGCGCAAAAGGUCCGCCGACUCAAGAGGCUUUUGGCAGCAUUAGAAAUCAAGAAUAGGGAGGCGACACCUCCGCUGUCGGAGGAGGAAAUGGUACUCAGUCCGGACGAUAUUCCUAACGACAAAGUUAAGGUGUACCGGCAACUCGCGGCAUGGUUCGCACUAGUUCUCUCGGAAUGGGAGAUUAUGCUCGAAAGCAGGCCGGCCGCACUCAAAGACUCGUUUCAAGGCAAAGCGGCAGCAAACUCGAUGACCCAAGCAAAGACGUAUAUGGUCCCGCUAUUCCGUCACUUCAAGCAAAAGGAUCUGCACGAAGAUAUAUAUACGAAGGUCUGUGAAAUCGUAGUGGAAGCUCAGGCCAGAAGAUACGUCCGCGCAAAUGAUGUCUACCUGAGAUUAAGUAUCGGAAAUGCGUAUGUUUCACCAGUUCUCCCCCCCCCGCGUUUGGAUGGGUACUAACUACUUGAAGUGCUUGGCCCAUUGGUGUUACCAUGGUUGGUAUCCACGAACGUUCCGCAAGAGAGAAGCUUCACGAGAAAGGAUUGGCAGCACAUAUCAUGAGCGACGAGGUUACGAGAAAAUUUCUUCAGAGCAUCAAGAGAUGCCUGAGCUUCUGUCAGACAAGAUGGCCCCCGGAGGAUCCAUUACAGCUUAUGGGGUAA